AUAUAGAGGGAGAAGAAGUCAACAAACGGAGAUCAACACUUCGGAAGCUCUGCUUUUCUGUUCAGUUCACUGAUAAUCCAGGUAUUUUUUUUUUGUUCCAUCUGAUUGAGAUGAAUUGCCUGCAAAAUCUGCCAAGAUCCUCUGCUCUGCCUUCAAAUGGCCUUAAAAGCCAUCCAAGAAAGCCUUUGAGACAUAGCUUUGUUCGUCUAAUGGAUAAGCUGAAUAUUAGUAAUCUUCGUCAGAGUUCCUCUAUAAAUGUAACUUCUGGGCGCUCUUCCAGCACCGAGAUGAGCGACUCUGGAGUAGAAGAAGAAAAGUCUGAGAUAUAUAGUAAUAAUAUGACCCAAGCGAUGGGUGCUGUGUUGACCUACAGGCAUGAACUAGGAAUGAACUACAACUUCAUCCGCCCAGACUUAAUUGUGGGGUCCUGCCUGCAGUCUCCUGAAGAUGUUGACAAGCUUCGGAAAAUUGGGGUUAAAACCAUAUUUUGCUUACAACAAGAUUCAGACCUUGAAUAUUUUGGCGUCGAUAUUUCUGCCAUCCAACAAUACGCAAAACAGUUUGACGAUAUUCAGCACUUGCGUGCUAGAAUACGGGACUUCGAUGCAUUUGAUUUGCGACUGAGGCUUCCAGCUGUGGUGAGUAAAUUGUACAAGGCCAUAAAUCGCAAUGGAGGGGUGACUUACAUACACUGUACCGCUGGGCUCGGAAGGGCUCCUGCUACAGCGUUGGCAUACAUGUUCUGGGUUCAAGGAUAUAAACUUAGUGAAGGACACAGUUUGCUACUGAGUAAACGUCCAUGCUUCCCAAAGCUUGAUGCCAUAAAGAGUGCAACUGCUGAUAUUCUUACAGGCCUCGCCAAGAAGCAUGUCACGUUGAUGUGGGAAGGUAACAAUUGCUCCUCAGUGGAAAUCUCUGGACUUGAUAUUGGCUGGGGCCAGCGAAUCCCAUUGAAGUUCAAUGAGAAAGGACAGUGGAUUCUUGAGAGGGAAUUGCCUGAAGGACACUACGAAUACAAGUACAUCAUUGAUGGUGAAUGGACGUGCAAUAAAUAUGAGCUUGUAACUCUUCCCAACAAGGAUGGGCAUGUCAACAAUUAUAUCGAUGUUACCAGCACUGAUCCUAACAGUAGUAGUGCAGAACUGCAGAAGCGGUUGAGUGAUGAUAAUGUGAAUCUCACACAAAAGGAAAAGCUCAUGAUCAGACAGUUUUUGGAAGAAUAUCCAGAGGAGGAGCUCUAAUCAAAGAUCAAAAUAAAGAUGGCAUGUUAAAUCAUUAAGGGAUGAAUUGCUGCAUCUACUUGUAUCUUUCCCUCAAACAAUAAUGAUAUAUAAGUCAGGACCUUGCCUACAAAAGAUUUUAUGUCUUGAUGCGACUUGUGAGCCAUCUUUUAUGCUGCCUGAAGAAAAUAGAAGAUCUUUGUAAGAGGAUUGACAGUGGGACAGCGCAUCCAAGAGUAUCACCAGGGGCAAAGUUUCAAGAAUCUCACUUGCUUCACAUGUGGAUCUCAAGAAUUCAAUAUAACAAAUGUACUUGUGCUACAUGAGGUUAUUAUAUUUCAAGGCUUUAAGCCGGGUUCAUUGUUA